CUAUUUUCCAGCUAAUCAACAUUUGAAAAAAUUAAUUUAAUAAAUUUUAUUAAUAUAUACUAUUAUUGAUUUAAUAUUUAAUUUUAAAUACUUUUUUUCGACGAAUGGUCUUUGCUCAAACAACUACAAAUUUUAUUUAAAUAUAAAAAAUAUACAUCUACAUCUUUUUCCUGUAAUGGUAUUAUUUUUAAAAUUGUUAGUAUAAUAAUUUAAAUCUUUAAGUUUAAAAAAUUAAUUUAGUUUCGUUCAUUUGUGACAAUUUUUUUCUAGGUAUUUCUUACAUUUAUACAAAAAAUGUAAAGCCUGUCUUUAGAUUCAUCUUUAAAGGAUGAAUGCGCUUAUUUAUGCUAACUUAUCCUUUUAAAAUACAGUAAGCAAAUAAGCGCAGUUAAAGUUUGCUUUCACGUUUUUUGUGAAGAUACAAAAAUAUUUUAGAAAAGAGAAAUAAGUAAAUAAAGUAAUGUAAAAAACUAAAUAAAUAUUUCAUUAGCCACAUUGUUAUGUCUUUGAAAAGAAAUGUAGGGAAACACGGGGUAUAAUGGGAUCUCUUUACAGAGAGGCUGCUAUGAAAUGUGUUGCAAUUAGUACAUAAUGAGUACAUAGGAAAUUCUAAUUUUUUUACUGCAUUAGAUAGUUUUGAAAUACUAUUUUUUAAAGAUGCUGAAAUUAUAUAAAUCAACCUAAAUAUAAAGUGAAAUUCAAAGUUGGAAUAAAAGUUAAUAGUGCUGAAAAUAUGCAGUCGUCGACAAAAUGGGUUACCAUACACCUUCUAUUAAAUUUGAAUUUGUCUCCAAAACUACUAGAAUGAUAAAGAAAAAAAGAACAGUUGUGACGAAGUUAUGAGAUAAUCCCAUUAUGUUCCGCAUAUAGAAAGCGUAUUCAGAUUAAUGAGAUAGCGGAGAUAAACAAUUAAUUUAUUCUUUUAUUAAAUCAGUAAUCUCGUUUAAACUAUUAUUUCGCAACAAAACUUUUUUCUUAUAAUGGAUAUAAAAAAAAAUAUUUUAACGGCAUAGAAUUAAUAUAUUCAUUUUUAAUAUAUUGAAAACUUGUUUAAGUGAAAGUUUUUAUUAUGUUCUGGAUUCUUCUGUACUGUACGUGUGUUAUUAGACAAUAUUCAAUUGCUAUAGUUAAUAAUAAUACUACAGAUUGAUACUUUGAAAUCAAUCAAAUUAUUAAAACAUUAUAUUAAUUUAUUUUACAUAUACAGUAAACUUUUGCCAAUAUCUGAGUUUAAAAAUCUACGAUAUUUUAUUAUUAAAUUAGAGUGCGAUAGGGCAUUAAUAUAUUAAACGUGCACAAUUAUUUUUGUAAAAUAAUGAAGCUGCUUUCAGUCUUGAAUAUAGAAAUAAAAUUUGCAAGAAAUAUUACGAAGAAAAAGUUUUUUUCGCUCGUAGCCCAUUGUGUGCCGUGUCGGCGACAUUGCGGCGGCCAUAUCGAUCGGCGUUAUUUCCUUGGCUACCUGAAUGAUGCGGUCCAUGUGAUGUAACAAACACUUCGUAGGUUCGUAGUGCAGGUCAUUUUCCGAUUGGCUACUCACACUUCCGCUCCACAUACAGACAAAACAAAUAACAAUAGGUCUAUACUAAAAUCGGAGCGACAGUCGUGCGUUUGUCGUGCCGACGUAAGUAACGUAAUCGUGACGCGCGAGGCUGGACGUGUGGUCACAUGGCGCAGCCGGCGAAUAACGAUGAUCCUUUGUCGUCUAAGUCUAAGAUAACGGUACUGUCGAAAUUCGACGUUGACGUUAAGGGGACGUUCGACUAUAAGAAAUUCCGAACGCUUUGCGUUCGACUGUUCGGCGCGGACGAGGUUGACCAGCACGAGUGGAGGGCACGAGAAGUCUUCGAGUUGUUCGACGCAAACGCGGACGGCGCGCUGAAUGAUCAGGAAUUAUAUAGAUGCUGCGAUUGGAUACAUGCGACUAUAAAUCCCAUCAAUGUUUUGCUAGUCGUUGAUGUACAAAAUGAUUUUAUUGAUGGCACGUUGGCACUUAGAAAAUGCGGCUACGGGCAGGAGGGAUCGGAAGUUGUGGAACCGAUAAAUCGCAUUUUGAAGGAUGGCCACUGGGAUAAAGUGAUAUAUACUCAGGAUUGGCAUCCCGAGAAUCACAUCAGCUUUUUUGAAAAUUUGGCAUUACGCGAGCUUCAUCCAAAAUCCAAGAUUACUAAAGAAAUAGCGAAGCCCUUCGACACCGUCGUUUUCUUGCAAUCUUAUUUAACGCAAGUACUUUGGCCAAGGCAUUGCGUUAUGAACACCUGGGGUGCCCAGUUGCAUAAAGAUUUGCUGAUAUUGCCUUCUUCCGAACGGGUAUAUAAGGGUCAGGAUCCAGACAAAGAGGCUUAUUCAGGUUUUGAGAAAAAUACGAAUGGUCCCUCAGAGCUCGAAAAAAUUUUGAAGGCCAUUGGCGCCACACACUUAUACAUUUGCGGUAUCGCCUAUGACGUAUGCGUGAAGGAAACGUGUUUAAAUGGAUUACAGUUGGGUUAUCGGGUGGCCGUGAUUAAUGAUUGCUGUCGUGGUGUAAAACCAGAUGAUGUAACAACCGCAAAAAAUUUAAUUAUUGAAAAUGGUGGUCUCGUGGCGGAUUCCGAUCGCAUUCUGUCCUUAGUGAACGAAAGCAAGUAUAGCCUGACAAUGGCACAUCACGCCGCGAAAUUUAUAAGCUGAGGAGAGAAUCUUUUGCAUACGAUGAUGUAGAAAUGUUUCUUUAAAAAAAUAAUAACUUGUUUUUUUAAAAAUAAUGAAUUAAAUAAUAAUUUUUUGAAUUUAGUCGAACUUGAGGAUUAGAUCAAGAAACUAGAGUAAGAAAAAGAUUUGAGUUAUAAUUAAAAAAAUAUAAUUAUUUUAUGAAUUUUAAACUGUUUUAUUUCUGGUAUUAGUUAUAUGUUUGUCGAGUUAGAUUUAAUUUAGUUUUAUUCUUAUACAAAUAUUCCAAUUUUCAUUUUAUGCUGUAAUUUAGUUUAUAAUUUAUUUAAAUAUACAUAAUAUUAGUACAAAUGUUAUCCGCAUGAUACUAGGAAGAAUCUGAGAAUACAGUAUAAUUAUGAUUAAGAAAUUAUUUAUACAAUUUUAAUAUGGAACUUUUGGGAUAUAAAUUAUUAAAAAUAUAUAUUUACAGAUAAAUACA